CAUCUGACUGCAGCCGCGGCGCCGAACACAUACGGAGAGUUUCAGCUGCUUCAGACACAAACAACCUGGAGAACAGGUGAACAGAUGAGUGACAUCAUCAGGGUCCACCUGGUCCAGGUGUCCCAGAAAGUGAUCUCUCUCCUCCAGAGGUCAGAGGUUGUUUUCAGCUCGUUCACUGGUUCUCCUGCUGGUUCACCUGCUGGUCCUCCUGCUGGUCUUGUCCUCCUGCUGCUGGUUCUCCUGCUGGUUCACCAGCUGGUUCACCUGCUGGUCUGGUCCUCCUGCUGGUCCUGCGGGCGUGGCCAUGUUGGGGAGAACAGGAAGUGGUCUUUGCAGAUUUGAGCUGCAGUGGCGGUGUCACUCCUUCUCUCCUCCUCCUGACUCCAGACUGCGUUACCCAGAAUGCAGCGGGAGGAGGUACCGGGCGGGGCCGGGGGCGGGGCCGAUGACACCGGCUCAGGUCAGCGGCGUGCUGAAGGCCAACGAGUACAGCCACACCCCUCCUAGAGGCCCCGCCUCCCAUGGUGUCCUGGGUUUCCAUAGCAACAUGUUGCCAUCCAACCACCCCGGCGAGGACCGCCGGAGCAGCGCCACCUGCCUGCCGGACCGCGGUGCCCUGUUUGGCGUUUUCGAUGGCCAUGCCGGGGCAUCCUGCGCCCAUGCCGUCAGCCAGCGGCUCUUCUACUACAUCACCGUGGCAACCAUGCCGCUGAGGACGCUGGCAGAGCUCGAACGCGCGGUGGACGAGGAGCGCCCCAUACCGCCGCUGUUGGAGUGGCACAAACACCUGAGAGACCACGGCCGGCCCGACAGGGGGACGUCCCUCCUCAGCCUGAGACGGUUCUGGAUGCAGCGCCUGCAGGACGGACACGAAGAGGACAGGAUGACAUCAGCGCUGGUCAAUGCUUUCAUUCGCCUCGACAACGACCUAUCAGAGGAGGCCCGGGUCCACCUGUCCUCGUCCCCACACAGACUGGCGUCCUCUCCAUCUUCUCCCCUUCGGGUGGCGCUGUCUGGCUGCACGGCAUGCGUCGUCCACGUCUCCGGCGGCGUCCUGCACGUGGCGAACCUGGGGGACAGCCGAGCGGUGCUGGGCGUGCAGGAGGUGGACGGGCGCUGGGCAGCGCUCAGCCUCACCAACGACCACAACGCCCAGAACCCUGAUGAGCUGCAAAGGAUUCUGGGGGAACACCCGCCAUCGGAGCGCCGGACGGUGGUCCGCCACGACCGGCUGCUGGGGCAGCUGCUGCCCUUCAGAGCGUUCGGAGACGUCCGCUUCAAGUGGAGCGCUGACACACUGAGUCGAGUCUACGAGACGCACCCGGAGGUCCUGACUGCGCUUGGCGAGGCGGUCCGGACGCCGCCGCCGCACUACCUGAGCCCACCAUACCUGAGUGCCCAGCCGGAGAUCACCCGGCACCAAAUCACAUCCGCUGACAAGUUCCUGGUGUUGGCGACCGAUGGACUCUGGGAGCUGAUGCACCGGCAGACGGUCGUCCAGCUGGUCGGAGAACAGCUGACAGGCCUCCAGCAGCAGAGACCGGUGGUUCGCGGCAUGGCCAUGACGCUCGGCGCCCUGCAGCGCCUCCUGCUGGAGCGGAGGGGGCGUGUCCUGUCGGUGCUGGAGGACCAGAACGCCGCCACCCACCUGCUUCGACACGCCCUGGGGGAUGACGGUUACGGGGCAGUGGCUCCGAAUCGCCUGGCCCGGAUGCUAAGUCUGCCGGCGGAGCUCGCCAGGAGGUACCGCGAUGACAUCACCAUCACUGUGAUCCAUCUGAACGACCUUUGACCUCCUGAUGUUUGACUUUAACACUAAAAAAGUUUUGUGUUUAUCAGUGAAGGGAGAAUAAAGAAAACUAAUUUAAAAACGAAUAAACUUCACUCUGAUGGUUUUAUAUCAACAUUAAACUCUUUAUAAACUUCAGAGCUUCAUGUUUUAAUAUUAAACCUCUGAAAGUUUGUUUUCUUUUAAAAAUCAACAGAAAUCCUCAGUUUGAAACUGUAAAAACAGACAUUAUCUUCAGAGUUUGAACUUUCCAAUGGUCUAUGAACGCAUCAUCAGUUAUAAAAAGUGACCAGAACUCUUCAAAUGUUGAUAUUUGUGUCAGAAUCUCUACUUGUGUCAUUUAAAAUAAAGCGACCUGUUU